GCCAAGAAAGCUAAAGAGCAUGGCAAACUGAUAACCGUCGCAAGCGUACGAGUGCUAGGCGGCGAUCAUUUGCCACGUCAUAUCCAACGGCGUACGUAUAUCCAGAUGACCAUCCAACGACCCAGAUUAAAGCACCUUCACCGUCAAACACUAGAAAAUCCACCGCUUCCACGCCACGUUCUUUGGUGCGUCACAAAUUCAAUUCAAUUCAUCCGAAUCCCACAAACCCUUCCACAUCUUCCAUUCUUUCUUCUACGUUUCGCUUUUUAGGUUCGUUGUUUGGGUCUUUUUUCUUUUAAUUAAAAGCCGAUCGAUACCACAUACUUCUUGUAGUAGUAGUAAUAUCGAUGGAGGUCGCCGGCGUUGUACUCCGUCAGGCUCCGUGCUUCUCUUCGAGCAGUGGUGAUGCCUUCAACUCCCUGCACUUGCACUCUUUUCCGAAGAUGAAACCGGCCAGAUCUUUCUGUCUUAAACAAUCAUUCAAUGUGAAGUCCCUUGUUGCUUCCGUGGGUUUUGAUGAGUUUUCCGACAAGAGCCACUUACAAUAUUAUAACGGGCCGUUGAUGGCUGUAAAGGAGAAAGAUAUUGCUUCAAAGAAGAAAGAUAUGAAGAAGAAACUGAAACUGCUCAAGGGUUUGUCAAAGAAUUUGUCUACUUUCUCUGAUAUGGGCUUCGGUUUGAAUCCUGAUGAUGGGUUGGAUCACCAAGUUAAGGGACAGAUGAUCUCGGAAGCAACAGAGGUGUUACUUGGACAAUUACAGAAGCUAAAAGCAGAGGAGAUGGAAUCGAAGAGGAUGAAGAAAGAAGAGAAGGCGAAGAAGAAAGCUGCCAAGAUGAUGAUGGUUUGCAAUGAGUCGUCGUCUUCGUCGGAGAGUUCUUGUUCUUCAGAAUCUGACUGUGAGAACAUGGUUGAUAUGAAGCAGCUCAAAACGGUAACAACCCCAAAAGUCAUCCAUCAAGAAGUAACACCAUCACCAUCACCAUCUUUGAGUAUCACGGAAAUCCCAGGCUUGAUUCCUUGCGACGUAUUGGUUAGUGUUGAUGAGGGAAUUAACAAGAUAGAGGUUUGCAUGGGUGGGAAGUGCAAGAAAUCUGGAGCUGAAAUGUUGCUGGAGAAUUUUCAGAAGGCGGUAGGAGGCGGAGAAGCGGCGGUGGUGGGUUGCAAGUGUAUGGGUAAGUGCAGAGAUGCUCCGAAUGUGAGGGUAGGCAAUGGGGGUCCGGUGUGCAUCGGAGUUGGAGCGGAGGAUGUUGAUUCGAUUGUGAGUAAUUUCUUUGGUGGCAGUCAGAGAUGUGGUUCUGAUAUGGUUCCGGCGAUGUAUGGUGUUUGAUUCCACAUAUACGUACGUACGUACAGAUUCCAGCUUUAUACGAUUGGAAAUGGAUCAAUUCCAAAUGUAAAUGUUUGUUGGAUUAGAUUUUGGUAACUUGUGUAGAUAAGAUAUGGGUUGUUUUUGGUUGAUUAUGAUUGGGUACUAGUAAAAAUAUAUAUAUAGAGCAAGUUGCAAAUUGUAUUUUACAGAAUAUUAUCGAAUCUCUCUAGACAUGUUAAUGGUUUCAAUUAACUAAUAUCAACAGUGGUGAGACGGUGAUUACAUGGUUUUGACGAUGUUUGGGUUUGGCAAACAAUUUCCAGUGAAGAUGGUUUGAUGUAAAGAACUGUGGAGAUGGUUUAUUUAUAAGUUGAAGAAUUUUCAAUACUAAAGUUAAAUAAACUGCGAUUGAUUAGGUGGUUAAAUGACCUAGUAACAAUAAUAUGGCUGAUCAUGGAAUUGUUAUCUUGGAUAUACCUUUUACGUCAUGAUGCUACGUAUGGGGCCACGUCUGGUGGUCUUGGGCCAACUAUGCCUUCUUCAUGAAGGUGAAGUGGCAAUGAAUUGCAGGAUGCAGAGGGCAUGAUUGUACACACCAUGGGUGGCGUUGUGCUGAGUUGGAGCCAUGAUCAUGACCUUACGUGGUCUGCAUUACUCCCCUUCAAUGAUGUGCUAUCUUUCUUUCUCUUUCGAUUCUUUUUGUUUUACACGACCGUAGUUUGUGUCUUAGUUAGUGUGAGAAGUACUUCAUAUUAUCAUGUGUUUGUGGUAAGAGUCAUUGAUCUGUUUGUGGUAAGAGUCGCUGAUCUUGAGGGCUCUGACAAAAAAAU